AUGGAGCAGUCCAAGUACAGAGAGGAGUCUAAUCAGCUCAGCCUGCGCGGUCCUUGCUCCCGCUCCCCGGUGCAGAACAUACCACCGCUGCCCAGAGAUGGGCUUGGAGGCUGGGCACGUUUGUCAGAGGUCCUCCUUGGAAGUGCAGAGGGGGUUCCUUUGCGUGCCGGCCUGCGGACUGAAGUAGAGCUUCAUUCGAGUAGCAGAGCUACUACUUCCCUGCAGGAAAGGCUGCUGGUGCCGGCGCGGCAGCUGGUGUCGUGGGGCGCGGCGGGGGCCAUGGUGUUCGGCGGCGUGGUGCCCUACGUGCCCCAGUACAGAGACAUCCGUCGGACGCAGAACGCGGAGGGCUUUUCCACCUACGUCUGCCUGGUGUUACUGGUCGCAAACAUUUUGCGGAUACUCUUCUGGUUUGGAAGGCGUUUUGAAUCCCCUCUUUUGUGGCAAAGCAUUAUCAUGAUCAUUACUAUGUUACUGAUGCUGAAACUGUGCACUGAAGUACGUGUGUCCAACGAGCUAAACAUAAAACGCCGCUCUUUUGCAGCUGCAGAUAGUAAGGAUGAAGAAAUCAAAGCACCUCCCAAGAGAUCCUAUCUGGAUUUUGACUUGAACUAUUUUUGGCAUUGGAGCAAGUUUACAGACUACGUGCAGUGCGUCCUGACCUUCACCGGUGUGACUGGUUACGUGACUUACCUCUGGCUUGACUCAACUCUGUUUGUGGAAACGCUGGGCUUCCUUGCAGUGUUCACCGAGGCUAUGUUAGGCGUUCCCCAGCUCUACCGUAACUACCAGAAUAGGUCUACAGAAGGAAUGAGUGUCAAGAUGGUGCUGAUGUGGACCAGUGGAGACACAUUCAAGACUGUUUACUUCAUCUUGAAUCAGGCCCCUUUCCAGUUCUCCAUCUGUGGACUCCUGCAGGUUUUUGUGGACAUUGCCAUCCUGUUGCAGGUUUACUUGUACAGUUACUACCCUCAGAAGCCUGUGUCCCACACUGCACACCCAGCCAGCACCAAGGCCCUGUGA